GACAGUACGUCGCGAUCGCACUGCCCCAACGAAAUAUCGACACGUGCGUGGCGCAACCCUAAUUCGUUGUUCUAUAUUUAAAAGUGUUGUGCACUUGUGCUGGGAUUUAAUACUUUUAAUAUAACCAGAUAAACUAUCAUCUCUAAGUGCAGUGUGACAAGUUAAAAAAAAGAUUAUGUGCGGCAUGCACACGUCGAUCUACAGCGGGAAUCGAAGGUGACAAUUGUGUUGUGACAUAUGUACAUACGCAUGUUAGUGUUCGGUGAAUAAUGAUCGUUUGGAGAACGAAGAAUACUAGUCGUCGGAAAUACGGUGGCUGGUCAAAAAUGGCAUCGGAUGUCGCCACACAUAUACCCAGAACGACAUUCGUUUGGUUAAUCCUCGCUUUAGUUAAUCCGAGAGCACGGGCCGGUGAACUAUGGCCGGUGGACCGGCCCGACGGCAUGCCGGUCAUACAGUCGUUGGAGGUGAUGUGCGGGAAGGACCACAUGGAUGUGCAUCUCACCUUCUCACAUCCCUUCGAGGGAAUCGUGUCUUCAAAAGGUCAACACGGUGACCCGAGGUGCGUCUACGUGCCUCCAUCCACCGGCCAGACUUACUUCUCGUUUCGGAUCGCAUACGCCAAGUGCGGCACCAAGCCUGAUCUUCACGGCCAGUUUUAUGAGAAUACAGUAGUUGUUCAAUACGACAAAGAUCUACUAGAAGUAUGGGACGAAGCGAAAAGACUGCGGUGCGAAUGGUUCAAUGAUUAUGAGAAAACAGCUUCGAAGCCACCCAUGGUCAUUGCCGACUUGGAUGUAGUGCAGUUGGAUUUCAGAGGAGAUAACGUCGACUGUUGGAUGGAAAUACAAGCCGGCAAGGGACCAUGGGCACCUCCUGUUUCUGGCAUAGUACCUCUGGGAUCCACGCUCACCCUUGUCGUUGCUAUUAAUGACUAUAGAGGUGAAUUCGACAUGCGAGUGAAGUCAUGUGCUGCAUCGGAUGGCUCCGGUCAUAUUAUUCAGUUAUCCGACGAAUAUGGAUGUGUUCUUCGGCCUAAAAUGAUAUCAAGAUUCCUCAAAGCCAAAGCAGCCGAUGAAAGAGCUACAGUCAUCACGUACGCGUUCUUCCACGCAUUCAAGUUUCCGGAUGCACUCAGCGUACACAUAAGGUGCAAGGUGGAGAUCUGCAGACAUGGCUGUUUGGACCAUUGUCAACUGGCUGGCGUAUCUCAACAGAGGCAUGGAGCUGUAGACAGGAAAGAUGACAGGACCCAUCAAGACCAUAAUGAGAUUAACGAUUCGUCGGCUGAAGAAUCUCAAGAAGGUCUUUUAGAGGAACAUCAGCGCCUACCUCUAGAAGAAGCCUUCGGUGAUGAAGUUUCUGGCGAUGCUGUACCGCCGCCAGCGCCUCUGUCUCACCGACCGCCAGCGCCAGUCGUAGAACCAGAGUCAGACCAUAUGUCAGCAGUUAAUGAGUUGGUCGAAGCUCUUGCUAGACCGUUUACGGAACGCCCAACUGAUCUAGAACGGGAACGUUUCCCUCAAGGUCCUCGUAAUUUCGGUCCUAAAAUGAAACAUGAGCCGUCUGGUGAUGAAGUGGUACCAGCUAAACCUCCUGGGCCUGCCGUGGCUGGACCUAGAUCAUUGAGAAGGCGACGGACAGUGCGCGAUGCAAGGUCCGCUGAUGUGGGAGUGUCGGGCAUAUAUGAAGUAGUUUCAGAAGCAGAUCUAGCAUUUGGACCAUCCCGAGAAUCGGUGACUGUAUUUAGCGGAAGAAUUCGUGAAGAGGUGGUUUAUGGAAUUUGCAUGGGCGCUGUCGGUUUCGGCGCGCUCUUCGCUUCAGCUGCCGGGGCGGCCGCUGGAGCUGCUUUAGCAGCCGCUGUGAUGCUGCAGAGGCUCCGCUCGAGGAUGGCUGCCCAUCCACCUACCCCUGUAUCACCAGCUCCAGCUUCCCAUUCGUUAGCUGCAUGGAUGGCACUAAGACUUCUAGGUUCCCCAACUCACCCGCACCACUCCCGUGAUGGCUGACGAUAUGUCUCCUCAUAAAUCUCUCUAAGACUGUUUUUAGACUAUAAGCAGCUGUCCACAUAUGUUCGAGUCUGUAUAAUUUGGGAAUCUAUAUACAUAUAUAUAACAACAAUGUAAUCGAUCAGUGUCUGUACAUAUAUAUAUGUAAGUAAAAUUAUUAUUUAUAGACUUUGUAAACCCAAAAUAAUUAUUGUCAAAACUCGGAUCACGGACGUAUUCUGGUAAAUAAUCCACUUAAAAUUGUAAAUCGGUUAUGAGGGUAGUUGUCAAUGAAAUCACGCAGGAAUAUCAGUAUAUAAGUGUAGUAUCCGACGGACAUCCAAUAGCUGCAGAGCGGUAACAAUACAUAUAUAUGUAUGACUAUGUACCUACGAGAAUUUAAUGAAUUGGAGGUAACAUUACUGUCUUUCAUAACAAUUGCUUGGAAGAGCGUUUGUGCGAGAUGAAUGCACCCCACUCCUAAAGAACACACCGGACGAAAGAAGUAUUAAUUUCAGAAAAUUCUCGUGUAUUGUUAUAAAAAUAUCAAUUUAAAAAUGAACAUAAGUUUUGUAAUUAAUUGUAUCAGCUCGAAUUUGUGUGGGCAAUCAGAGAUGUGACUCUUAUAUGGAUUGUUUCCAUUGGGAGUCCCAUCGAUCUUCAUGUAUAGUGAAAUAUAUUUUUCUUAGGAAUUAAGAAUUCCAAUAAAGCGUUGAGAUACCUGAAAGUUGGGAUCUUUGUUCCCAUAUAUAGAUAUGGCAUAUAGCACGGUCAGUCAUUUUAUUAAUUGAUGCACAUAUUUUUAUAUAUUAUUGAGAAACGUUAAUGAUAUGCAUACAUAUUACUUAUGAGACUAAAUUAUUCUUGAGUCUUCUUUAUUUUGCACUUUAGUGAUAAUUACUUCAAAAUUUGUCUCGUCGAUGCCAAAUAAUAUUAGAAUAAACAAACUGGUUAAACUGAUAUUUAUGGAUAUAAAUAAUGAUAUUUUCUUAAUAUAUAAAUUUUAGAUGACUAUAUUAAGAUAAUCAAUAUUAAAAUUUUCCAAUAUAAAACCAAAUCAUAACUAUUUUGCAUUGCAUUGGAAUUAUUAUAUCAAAUUUAACUG